GCGUAACAGAGCAGUGAGUUGUUUGCUGGUUUGAUGCGUUGACGUGAAUUUCAGAUGCAUCGCCCUAAUGGAAUUAAUCUGGCUGGAGAGAAAUUGCAUUUCAGCGCUAAACCAAGGCAGGGAUGAUGAGAAUGCACGAAGACGGAUCGCCAAGGCAGCCGACUGCCAUUCAAUGACUAUCCUGCCCUCUCAACCGCAGUGCACAUUUGCCGUCCGUUUUACAUGAGAAAACAUGUUUAUUUUUUAUCAAAAUACCAAUACGUAUAGCCAAAAUCAGCAUCUCGAAUCGAGGUGAUGAAGGCUCGCACAUUUUAAUCGCUUUUCUUCAAGGAAUGAAAACGCUCCAAGAUGGUCCGCAUCUCAAACGCCCUGGGUUUGGUCAUAUUAAUGGUCGCUCUUCUCAUUUUAUCCUUAAUAAGUUAUGUGUCCAUUAGAAAGGACAGCAUCUUAUCUUCCACAAAAUAUGACAACAUGGGAGGACCACCACGGAUAAUGUUCCACGCAGGAUUUCGGUCCCAGUUUGCCCUGAAUUUCCUGGACCCAUCCUUCAUCCCAUUAACCCAUGCUCUGAAUGAGGAACUGCAAGGGAAACCAUCCAAAUGGACAUUUAAUAGGACCGCCUUUUAUCAGCAAAGGAAAGAGAUCUUCCAUUACAUUGAUGUGGCCAACAACUUCUCCCUCACCAAGAACGGUGUGCGCGUCGGCCAGCUGAUGCACUUCGACUUCUCCAGUCACAAGUAUGUCUUCUCCAUAAACAACAACCUGAAGUCACUGCUUCCUGAUGCUUCGCCAAUCCAGAACAAACACUACAACGUGUGUGCCGUGGUGGGUAACAGUGGGAUCUUGACAGGCAGUCACUGUGGGCCAGAGAUCGACAGCGCCGACUUUAUCUUCCGCUGCAACUUCGCCCCUACCGACUCCUACUACAAGGAUGUGGGCCGGAAGACCAACCUCACCACUUUUAACCCCAGCAUCCUGGAGAGAUACUACAACAAUCUGCUGACCAUCCAGGACCGCAACAACUUCUUUCUCAACCUGAAGAAGCUGGAGGGGGCCAUUUUGUGGAUCCCUGCGUUUUUCCUCCACACCUCGGCCACCGUCACACGGACCCUGGUGGACUUCUUUGUUGAGCACAAGGGGCAGCUGAAGAUCAAGCUGGCCUGGCCAGGAAACAUCAUGCAGGAUGUCAACAGAUAUUGGAAGACCAAGAACCUGUCUCUCAAGCGACUGAGCACUGGUAUCCUCAUGUACACUCUGGCCUCGGCCAUGUGUGAGGAGAUCCAUCUGUAUGGCUUCUGGCCCUUCGGCUGGGAUCCCAACACAGGCAAGGAGCUGCCCUACCACUACUACGACAAGAAAGGAACCAAGUUCACCACCAAGUGGCAGGAGACCCACCAGCUGCCCAGUGAGUUUAAGCUGCUCUACAAGAUGCAUGGAGAAGGUGUGACCAAGCUGAGCCUUUCACACUGUUCUUAGACACUUCAUCCUGGGUGACCGGGCAUAAGAGAUUCAUUUGGUGACUCUCCAAUACAGCAGCUGACCUUGCGCUCACGUAAUAUAUUUUGCGACUCAAAGCAGACAAUGCAUGAUUUAGAAUUAAUACUUUUAUAUUACGCUUUCACUCUAGAAACACACUAUCAUAUCACCAUUGCAUCUUGCCUCAGCUUUGUCCAAUGUAUGUAAUUCACACUAACACGUUGGGUUGCGAGGAACAUGGCAGAAUAUUCCAGAUGUGGAUUACUGGUUGAUGAUGACGUAACAAUGUAUGUUAUGCUGAAUAUGUCACACUAUCAUCAUACAAUAUUUCACAUCACUUUAUUUGCAUUGCUAUCAUAAUUGUGUAGAUAAAUUGAUCAAUAAAACACACAUAACCUAUUUCAACAAGAAAACACAAGGGAAUACAUUUAGUGCAAAAUCAUCACUAUUUCCAAACAGUGUUUUUCAUAGUGUAGGGGUUUCGGGUGGGGGGCAUACUGUAAUUGUUAUUUGGCUGUAGCCUUACUUCAAAGGGAUUUGAUUAUUCUUCUGCUUAGUCUCAGGGAUGGAGUUGAGAUCAGUGUUUUUUUUCUAAUCAGAUUCAAAUGCCUCCACUGAGGUGCAAACAGACACACUGUCUAUUUUCCAACCCUUUUGAGCAUACAGUGAACCGCCACAGGUGCCAGUAGAUAGACAAUGGGCCCAGCCAGCACACUGCACUGUUUUCAGAUUUGUUUACAAGGCCUCUUUAUGUAUGUAAAUUGCUGCCCUAUAUAGAUAAAGAUACUGCAGUGAUAGCCCUAGUCCCACUAUUUUAUUGGGAUUCUGGUGAUAGCUCUGGUAAUAUUUCAGUUUGAGGAUGAAUAAUCUGCAUUCCAACACCAAGCCAUAGACUGAAUUUAAUUACAGUAAACUUUAAAGUACAUGUAUAUUGUUGUUAUCAUCAUCAUUAAGAUUAAGAAUUAAAGAUGCACUAUGCAGAAAUGGCUCUGUCAUUUCCUGGUUAAAUUUUUUUGAAUAGUUUGCCUAAUUUCAGUUCAUGUGAUAACAAGCAAGUAUAGUGUAGAUAAUUAUUGUACCAUCCAAACCUCUGUGAAACAUAUUUUCCAUAACCAAACAUGUUGUAUUUUCAGCUGUUUGAAGCUGGUGUAAAAAAAACGAAAGUAAUAGAGGCAAAAACAAAACUUAAGAAUGGGAAGCAUAGAAAUAACGCACCUAGAACAGAUCUACAGCUUCUUAGACUUGCUUUUCAAUGUGAAUUUGGUCGGGUCCCCAAAAAGUUACAUAUUGCAGCUUUUAUUUUUAAAAGUGCCUGUGUUCUGUUUAAAUUUCAAAUGACUUCAAAUCUUAUAUUUUCUAAAUAUGAUAGAACAUCAUAGUGAUAAAAGUUAAAGGGAUUUCACACUGAGAUGCAUACAGUAAUAUAUAUUAUAUGUAUUGAACCACCUCAAAUGAACACUACUUCCUAUCUUUAGUCAAUAACACAUCACUAUUGUUAUGAUGUAGCAACACAGGGAAACCUUUUGCAUUCUACCACAUAGACAUUACUUUGACUUUUUAACCAGAUAUUAAUGUUUUGAUUAAUAAUUAUAGCAUCUUGUACAAAGAGCAUGAUACACUAUUGAAUGACAUUGCAUGUAAGAGACUAGCAGAUGUUCAAGGCUAGUUUUAUACAACAUUUUUGAAGGAGAUUAUGUUUCGAGGGGAUACGGGUGUUUUUUGUUAUUAUUUGUAUCUGCGCUGAUAUUUUAAUUGAAAUAUCAUCAGAAACUUUAUAUCAAAGUUGUUUUAAAGCAUAAAUUCCUAUCAAACCACUGGGACCAAAAUGAUUAGUUUUCCCUUUCUGACAAUGAAAGAACUAAUGUAACUUUAUUUUUCAUAUCUCUAGAUUAUUUUUACUUUUCUCAGCAAAAUGUUACAUGAAAAAUAUCAAGUCAAGCUCCACUAUGUUAGAGGAUUGGGUAUGGAUUAGACAUUUUUAGUACUUAACCAUUGAUGUCAGUACAACGACUUUGCUCAAAUGGUACAACAUGAUAUCCACAUGACUCACAGCACAUGCACUCAUUGGGAAGGUGGUGACCCUGCUUAUUAGUUCAGAUUUACUAUGCUCAUGAACCAGAUCAUUGGUUCUUUUCAAGUUCUUCAGUCUUAAAUGGAUGGUGUAUGCCCACAGAAGUAUUUUAGAACAUACCAAUUUGUUUUCCCAUCAUAGGACUGUCUGUCAUCAUUAUUAUAAUACAAAUAUAUGAUAGAAAUGUGCCAUUAGUUUGCUAGGUAGUACUUUACUCUUAGUCCAUACCCUGAUUAUGUAGAUUAGAUUUGACAUGUAAUUAGAUCUUUCCCUCUUAGAAUGUUUCAUAUAACUAAAUAUACCAACGAAUGCCCAUUAAAACUAGACAUGUUCAUUUAUCUGAAUGUAACAUGAUUUGAAAUGUUGGCUUAAGUAUGGCAAUGAUGUACAACAAUAUCUUUCAUUCGAUGGAGGUUUUUUAUUUGAUGAUGUGUCGACAAAUGAUUUCCUGAGAUAGAAAACACUUGGAUAGUUGUGUGGUAUAUUUGUCUUUUCAGUCUCAUCUAAUAGGUUCUGUUGGUGAUUUAUACUAUUUGUGCCGCCAUGAAUGUCUUCCUUUGACUGCUUCCAUGUACUGAUCAUCACCAAAGAAGACUAUUGUACUGCUCACAUGAAGGAAGGGAAUUUAUUCUCCCCACAUUUCCUUAGAGAAAAAUGUCCAAUGUGUGUGUUAGUGUGUGCCAACACUUUUGUUUUCAAAAGGAAUGGUACCAACAGAACCCAGUGGCAUAGCGCAGUUUUGCAGUACCCCCACAAGGUCUAAGUUUUAUAGCUAAUUUCAUGCUAUUUUACAAAUUUUUCCAUGAGGCUGUGUGAAAAUGUUGCUAUUUUAGAGCUCAGGGAUUCUUGAAAGACGGGACAAUCUCAACCUUUUCCCACAAUUAUUUGUCUUAAUGUUAAUAACAUUGUAAAUAUACAUUUUGAUAGACCAAAGUAGCAGCUAGCGUACCAUAUAAAGGAAAUCUUUUUUUUCUCCAUAAAAUACAACUAGCUGGAUUUAACUCCAUCUGACACCAUAAAAGGCAUUUAAUUUGUACAAUUAUUGCCCAACAAGUGUUUAACCCUACAGUUUUUUUGUUUGUUGCAAGGGCUGUGUCUCAAUCCACCACAUCGGAGAUGUCGCCGUGUUUGAACUGUGUUUGUCAGUCCAUGAGAUAUCCUGAUAAUUGAUAUUCUCAGAAAAACCUCUAACGUUUGAAAGGAUUGGCUAUUAUUAUGACCCCUCUAUGGAAAGAUGAGUCACAAACACAAUGGUGUUCUCUGUUUUGUUCUAACCCCGACAAGUAUCACAGGACUCGUCUGAAAUCGGUACAGCCGAUCUGCCAACUUCUGUCUGUAGCGUCCAAACGGUUUGGGCUACACACUAAUAUGACCCCUCUGUGGGAAGGUGAAUAUCUCACAAACACAUACAUGUUGGUUGGUUUGCUCUAGGCUGCCCACAAGCUUCACAAGACUAGUCUGAAAGUAGCAGGUACCAGUUAUUUAUUUUUAUGGAAGAACUGAAUAUAUGGAGAUAGUUUAGUGGCUAAAAUAAGGGGUUAAAUAAAAAUAGUUUCCUGAUCUCUCAGAUAUAGGAGAGACACUUCAGAACAAUCUUCCUUUUAUUUUUUUUGACUGUUUAUCCAUGUUUCAUCAUAUAUAUAUAUAUAUAAUAUAUAUAUAUAUAUAUAUCAUAUAUAUAUAUAUAUAUAUAUAUCAUAUAUACACACACACACACACUACCGGUCAAGAGUUUUAGAACACCUACUCAUUCAAGGGUUUUCUACAUUGUAGAAUAAUAGUGAAGACAUCAAAACUAUGAAAUAACACAUAUGGAAUCAUGUAAUAACCAUAAAAGUGUUAAAUAAAUCAAAAUCUGUUAUAUUUGUAGUACGUACUGUAGUACGCUACUUAUUUUUUAUUUAUUUUUUAUUUUACCUUUAUUUUACUAGGCAAGUCAGUUAAGAACAAAUUCUUAUUUUCAAUGACGGCCUAGGAACAGUGGGUUAACUGCCUGUUCAAGGGCAGAACGACAGAUUUUGUACCUUGUCAGCUCGGGGAUUUGAACUUGCACCCUUUCGGUUACUAGUCCAAUGCUCUAACCACUAGGCUACACUUCAAAUAGCCACCCUUUGCCUUGAUGACAGCUUAGCACACUUGUGCCUUAAGGGGUCCUAAAAUUCCAAAUCAAAUAGUUAAAUUAUCCUUGGUAUGACCAUCUUAAAACAAGGGGUCUUGAUGGUAUAGCUGACCCUGCUCAUUCCUAAUUAAUUCUGGAUUUUAGACAAAUCUGACAAAGUUGACCAAAUCUCCAGACACAAGUUUUGAGAUAAAUGUUAAAGUCACAGAGGGCUAUUGAAAGAAACAUAUGUUUUCAAUUAAUAUCCAUUAUUUUUUAAGCACUUUUUGGGAAAGUUUGAAAUUGGGAUCCUUCGCUCCGGGACAAAGGCAUUUCCAGGCAUAGAGCCGACAUGGAAACAAAUAAUAUUGAAAGUAUAUUGAAUAUUACCCCACAAAAAGGUUUUCCUUACAUAAUUUCGCUAAAUAUAAAUUUUAGAUCAAAGAAUGCAACAAAAUCACUUUUUCAACUAUAAAAAUAACUUUUGCUACUGGACAAGGAUUGCCCCGACUUCCAAGAAUCCAUGACCCAAUUUCCUGCUAUUUGACACAUUCUGCCAUGAGGCUGAGAGAAAAUUUAGCAGUACUAAUUUAAUGUAACCAAAAAAUUAUGAAUGGCUUAUGUUUUCAGUACCAUCUGUGUGGCCCGACCAACCUCUGGGAGUUUGGGGCCCCCCCCAAAGCUCAGGGGUGUGUGUGGCAUUUUUUUUGUUGCUAUGCCAGUGAUAGAACCCUGGAAUUCCUAUAGGAUUGCAAAUCACCCAAAGUUUGCGCUUGUAUGUAUUUCUUUGAUAAAGACAAAGCAACCAGACAUUUUCCUGUCAAAAGGCAAUCAUUGGUAAAACGGACAUUAACUUUAUUUAAAGUGAAUGCAUUUACUCUGAAGACUUUGUAUUAAAACAUAUUCAACAAAAAAAAUUCUGGGUUGACAGUAUUUAUGGGCUCUAAACAUGUUCUAUACUUUAUUCAAUGUGCAUGACAAUUUUGUUCCACUAAUAAUCAAGCUAAACACCAAAUGUGCUCCAUGUCAUAUAGAACUCAUGGAUCCUGUAAUGUACUUUGCUAUCUCGGUUUGUGAAACAGAAUAAUACAUUUUCUCAUUCACAUUUAAGGAAAUAACCAUGAUUGUUAAUGAUUUGUUGCAUAAUCUGUUAGGAUUAUAUAUUGUCAAUGAUAAAUGUAUGUACCUGUAUUUUCCUUCCAUCAAUGCUUCAAUCUGUCAAAUAAAAUAAAUACAAAAA